CCCUCAACUCCCCCCCACAAUCGCACACACUUAUCUUCAUCCAUCUAUCUAUCUUCGUUCAUUAUAAAUAACUUUCAUUAUUAGCUAGGUUUUGCUAUCAUAUCCUUCAACCACCAUACUUCAAUUCAAUUCCGCCAUCAAGUCUUUCCAAGCUAGCUAGCUAGCAAAAUUAAGACCAGCAGCUUAGAUAGUGAAGAGAGAUCCAAGGCAUGGCCUCCGGCGGUGAGGAACACCUUCUCUCCACCGAGAUCGUCAACCGCGGCAUCCAAUCAUCGGGACCGGAUGCCGGAUCCAUGACGUUCUCGGUGAGGGUCCGGAGGCGGCUGCCGGAUUUCGUGCAGUCCGUGAAUCUCAAGUACGUGAAAUUAGGGUAUCAUAACUUGAUAAACCAUGGGAUAUACUUGGCCACCGUGCCGCUCUUGUUGCUGGUUUUCGGCGUGGAGGUUGGGAGCCUUAGUAGGGCGGAGCUGUGGCAGAAGCUUUGGGAUAGCACUGCCAAGUACGACUUGGCCACCGUCUUGUCUUUUCUUGCUUUGCUUGUCUUCACCCUCUCUGUUUACUUCAUGUCCAAGCCCCGCCCUAUUUAUCUUCUUGAUUUUGCCUGCUUCAAACCCAGUGAUGAUCUCAAGGUAACAAAGGAGCAGUUCAUCGAGUUGGCUCGGCAAUCGGGGAAAUUCGACGAAGCAAGCCUGGAGUUCCAGAAGAGAAUCUUAGAAUCGUCGGGCAUCGGGGACGAGACGUACGUGCCGAAGUCGAUCGGGUCGGUGGAAAAGACGGCGACGAUGAAGGAAGGGCGGGCGGAGGCGUCAAUGGUGAUGUUCGGGGCGAUAGACGAGGUGCUGGAGAAGACGGGGAUCCGGCCGAAGGACAUCGGAGUGCUGGUGGUAAACUGCAGUAUCUUCAACCCGACGCCGUCGCUGUCGGCGAUGAUCAUAAACCACUACAAGAUGAGAGGGAACAUCCUGAGCUUUAACCUGGGGGGGAUGGGGUGCAGCGCCGGGAUCAUCGCUCUCGACCUCGCGCGCGACAUGCUCCAGGCCAACCCUAACAACUACGCCCUCGUCGUCAGCACGGAGAUGGUCGGCUUCAACUGGUACCCCGGCAAGGAUCGCUCCAUGCUCCUCCCUAAUUGCUUCUUCCGCAUGGGUUGCUCCGCCCUCGUCCUGUCCAAUCGCCGCCGCGACUUCGCCCGCGCCAAGUACACCCUUGAGCACAUUGUUCGCACUCACAAAGGCGCCGACGAUCGCGCCUUUAGGUGCGUGUACCAAGACGAAGAUGAAGAGCGGCACAAGGGACUGAGGAUAAGCAAAGAGUUGGUGGAAAUCGGUGGCGACGCGCUGAAGACAAACAUCACCACCCUGGGACCCCUCGUCCUCCCCUUCUCGGAGCAGCUCAUCUUCUUCGCCAACCUCAUUGCCUCCCGCGUCUUCCCCGUCGGCUCAUCCUCCAAAACCAAAUCCCCGAACAAGCCCUACAUUCCCGACUACAAGCUGGCCUUCGACCACUUCUGCGUCCACGCCGCCAGCAAGACCAUCCUGGACGAGCUCCAGCGCAACCUCGGCCUCACCGACGCCAACAUGGAGGCCUCCCGCGCCUCCCUCCACCGCUUCGGCAACAACUCCAGCAGCAGCAUCUGGUACGAGCUUGCUUACAUGGAGGCCAAGGGCGCCGUUAAGCGCAACCACCGGGUUUGGCAGAUUGCCUUCGGCUCCGGCUUGAAGUGUAACAGCGCCGUCUGGAAGGCCGUUCGCCGGGUUAGGAAACCCACUGAAAGGAACCCUUGGCUCGACCGGCUUGAUGCCUACCCCCAGGCUCUCUACCCUUGAUCGUAGCUUAUUUUAAAUUAUUCCACAAACCAAUUAUUAUCAUCAUAAUAUAUAUAAUUAUCAGUAUAAUCCUGUUUAAUUAUUACUUUGUAUAUGCAUCAAAGCAUGCAUGCACGUACUAUAUAUUGUUAUUACUUCUUUUAAAUGCCGACCGGCCGGCCGGUAAAAAACUACGAGUUAGCUAGCUACAAUGUCUAUUGCAAGGCUUUCUUUAUUUUUAAAUUGCUUGUAAGACUACAUCAAUGAAAGCUUACCAUUUAGGACUGUCAUGGUUUGUCCAUCCUUUUGAUUUAUUUAAUUCUAUUUCAUAAAACUCUAUUAUUACUAUCCAAUUUUACCGUUCAUUUUAGUAUUUCAUACUCCGUAUUAAAAUUAAUAGAAUAUCUUCCCCAACUUCUCCAUCUCUACAGACUCAUCGACAACAUGGCCACAUUCACCAGUACUAAAGCAUUGCUCAAUGAGCUUGAAUGCUUGAAAUCGACAAGGUCUCACCGAGUAUCGGUGGCGUGCGGUUGCACCACGAUGCUCAUCUCUCUCGCCAAAGGUGGUCGCAAUCACAACUGCUUCACAUCUCUAGCUCCAGUCACUUUUGGAUGGAUACAUUGGCUACUGUUAGGUCCCCUAGAUUUUGAUGAACAAGUAUUGUUUUGAUGAUGUCACCCCUUUUUGUAUAAUAUCCUUGUAAUAGACUAGCACUUGUAUUUGUUUUACUACUGUUUAUUGUAAUGUGCUCAAAAAUGAGAAAUUACUCAAGAAAAACAGAGAGUACUAAAAAGAGAAGAAACAUACCAUAAAACAAAGAGAAAAGAAACAAAAAGAAAAAGGUACGAAAAGAGUUAACAGAAGCCCUUUUGAUUAAACUAAUCAGAAAACCUUCAAUGACCUGGUCACAACAGAGAACCUCAACUCUGAUGGACAUCAGAACUGAUCAACUCUGGUGACACCAAAGUAAAGAUUUCUGAUAUAUACGAGAAGACCUUCUGUUAUGAUCAUAACAGAAAACCUCAAACAAAGGUGGUUCUCUGUUGACACCAGAACAGAAGACCUCAUAGGUAUUCUGGUAAGGUAUUCUGUUGAGGUAUCCUAAUCAAAAUCUCAACAUCUGCUAUUCUUCUCCUAGCACAGAAACAAGAAGACAGAAGACCGACUUGCAGUCAGAAUGACAGAAUGCAUAGAAAAU